AUGGCAGACGACACCUUUCUCGAGCGCGUUUGGUCCUUGACCGAAAAGUGCGAUCGCAUGGCCUGCUGUGCGGCUUUCUGUACCCGAUCUAAUUUCGAUAAGCAAAUUGAGGAUAUCUGCACGAUUAUCGAUGUCUAUCAUCCAGGAUUGUGUCCACAGCUGCGCGGAUCUCUGAGAGACUACGAAAUAUGGAAGAGAUAUUGUGUUGGGGUUCCCUUUCCGGUGUCGCAUCCUUAUCUGAAGAAGGAAGAAAAAGAGUCCUGCAACUUGACGAUCAGCGCUGAGAGGGCCGUCGAUAACCCAGCUACAAAGACGACAUCAAGAGUUCCCACAUCGCGACAACCUCUCAAAUAUCAAAAGGUCACCAUUGAAGAUGCCGAAGAGGAUCCAGUUUCAAACAUAACAGGAAAGGGAUCAUCAAAUACACCCAUCUCAAAAGUUUCAAUGAAAGGCGUGCCGGACGAGAAAUCUUCGAAAGAAGAGAGUGCAGAGAGUUCCCAACGAUAUGGCCCAAUCGGAGGCAUUAACUUUGCGCAAGUGACUGAUGCAGCUGAAAAUCGUUUUCGCACAAGGGUUGAUGUGUCUGGGUGA